AUGCAGGCUAUUAAAGCUUUGGGAGCUGCGGCUCCUUCUACAAUGUUAUCUGUAGUAAAGAAGGGAGCUUUUGCGCCCGUUGUAGAGAAAAUAAGGCAGGUCCAUUUGCCUGCUCCCAAGCCUAAUGAAACGAGACCUUACUCGCCGUUUCAAGAUGCUACUAACAUGGCUGAGAUGGCAGUAGCCAGGCUUGACGACUUAUUGAACUGGGGAAGAAAAGGUUCAAUGUGGCCCAUGACCUUUGGUUUGGCUUGUUGUGCCGUGGAGAUGAUGCACAUCGCCGCACCACGAUACGACAUGGACAGGUAUGGUGUGGUCUUCCGUGCAUCUCCUCGUCAAUCAGAUGUUAUGAUCGUAGCUGGUACAUUGACCAACAAGAUGGCACCUGCUUUAAGGAAAGUCUACGAUCAGAUGCCAGACCCAAGAUGGGUUAUAUCUAUGGGCAGCUGCGCAAACGGUGGUGGUUACUACCAUUACUCUUACUCUGUUGUAAGGGGUUGUGAUCGUAUAGUACCCGUUGAUAUUUAUGUACCUGGAUGCCCACCCACAGCUGAAGCUUUACUCUAUGGAGUACUUCAAUUACAGAAGAAAGUGAAGAGAAUGAAGACCGUUCAAAUAUGGUACAGAAAAUAA